AUGGCCGAGGCAUACGCAUUGUCAGCUACUCACAAGGAGAUGCUCGAGAAGUCGCUUCUCGACUCUGAUCCCGAGGUCGCUGAGAUCAUGAAACACGAGAUCCAGCGUCAGCGCGAGUCCAUCAUCCUUAUCGCCUCCGAGAAUGUCACGUCUCGGGCUGUCUUCGAUGCCCUUGGUUCGCCUAUGUCGAACAAAUACUCCGAGGGCUACCCAGGCAAGCGCUACUACGGUGGAAACCAGCACAUUGACGAGAUUGAGCUCCUCUGCCAGCGCCGUGCUCUUGCUGCCUUCAACCUCACAGAGGACAAGUGGGGUGUCAACGUUCAGUGCUUGAGUGGCAGCCCUGCCAACCUUCAGGUUUACCAGGCCAUCAUGCCUCCACAUGGCAGGCUCAUGGGUCUGGAUCUCCCUCACGGUGGCCACUUGAGCCACGGCUACCAGACUCCCCAGCGAAAGAUUUCUGCCGUCUCGACAUACUUCGAGACCAUGCCUUACCGUGUUGACCUUGAGACUGGCAUCAUCGACUACGACCAGCUCGAGAAGAACGUGGUCCUGUACAGGCCCAAGAUUCUGGUGGCCGGUACAUCCGCCUACUGUCGCCUGAUCGACUACGAGCGCAUGCGUAAGAUCGCUGACCUCGUGGGCGCUUACUUGGUCGUCGACAUUGCUCACAUUUCUGGCCUCGUCGCCUCGGGUGUGAUCCCCUCGCCAUUCCUUCACGCCGAUGUUGUUACUACCACCACGCACAAGUCCCUCCGCGGUCCUCGUGGUGCCAUGAUCUUCUUCCGCAGGGGUGUUCGUUCCGUCGACCCAAAGACCGGCAAGGAGACUAUGUAUGACCUCGAGGAGCCCAUCAACUUCUCGGUCUUCCCCGGUCACCAGGGCGGCCCUCACAACCACACCAUCACUGCUCUGGCUGUCGCCCUCAAGCAAGCAGCCACGCCCGAGUUCAAGGCCUACCAGCAGCAGGUCGUCGACAACGCCAAGGCGUUGGAGAACAGCUUCAAGGAGCUUGGCCACAAGCUCGUCUCGGACGGCACCGACUCUCACAUGGUCUUGGUUGACCUGCGCGCCCACUCCCUGGACGGUGCUCGUGUUGAGGCUGUCCUGGAGCAGAUCAACAUCGCCUGCAACAAGAACAGUAUUCCCGGCGACAAGAGCGCUCUGACCCCCUGCGGUAUCCGUAUCGGUACCCCAGCCAUGACCAGCCGUGGCUUUGGCGUAGAGCACUUCCAGCGUGUCGCCAAAUACAUCGACGAGAGCAUCAAGAUUUGCAAGGAUGUCCAGGCUGCUCUGCCCAAGGAGGCCAACAAGCUCAAAGACUUCAAGGCCAAGGUUGCUUCGGGCGAGGUCUCCAGGAUUAACGAGCUUAAGAAAGAGAUCGCGGCCUGGUGCCAAACCUUCCCUCUGCCAGUUGAGGGUUGGCGCACCGACGCCGGCAUCUAA